GGGAGGGAGGGGGGAGAAGAGAGAGAAAGAGAGAGACACACUGACUCCCACAGUUCAUCUCGCACAGACUGUGAGAAGAGAAGAGGAGGGAAGCGGAGGCUGUCUGUCACACGGCACAGACUCAACAACUUGUUCUCAUGUAAUCGCGAGAGAGAGAAUACGGAUUUUACAAAUGCGUCUCAUCCGCGUAAUAGUACCCGGGAAUGGAAAUAACAUACACGAGGCGACAAUGAGAAGUUGCUUGAUCCGGCUGGUCGUGUGAGCGCUGCCGGCACCGAGAGAGGAAGAAAAAAAGAAAAAAGAAAAGAAAGAAAAACUCAUGCAGUCGAAGAUGAAGACAACAACACGGAGAGAGAUCUGCGAGGAGACAUUUUAACAGUUUUCUGUGACGGGGAACAAGGAGUUCUCUGUUAGUCUGAGAGAUAAGAACUGAAGAAGUAGGACAGCGAGCUCUGCGCUGCACAGACUCCAGCCAGGGAAGUCUCCAAAGAUGAGAUGGGCUGUUCUCCACAACCCAUCAUGGAUAUCAUGUACUGGCCAUUCCCCCAUCCCAAGAUGUCCUUUCUGGGCGGCUCCGUAACAUCUCCCAGCGCCUAAAGCUGUGACACAAAGGACUCGCCGGCUCUGGACACCAUGACACAGAUGGACUACAAAUACAGCCUCCUGGGCUCCACAGUGGACGACUACCGCAAGAGACCGCUGCUCCUUCAGGUGGACGAUACGCCUAUGAACCUCUUCGCAGUCCUUCAGGUGAAACGGGAACUGCCGAGACGCUGGAGUACCCUGGGCUGCUUCCGCAAGAUCCGCCUCUACAGCUUCCUGUUCGGCCUGGCCGUCACGUUCCUCAUCAUGGCUUCGUACAUUCUGACGGGGGACAAGAAGGGUCUCCUCCUCACCCCUUCCCCUUACCACUUCAGCAGCCUGGUGAGCCCGGGACCUUUUGCCUUCAACCUCUCCUCGGUCAAGGACUACGAACAUAUCAAACUGGUGGUCAAAUCCAUCACGUCCAAGGUGGAGUUUCGCAGCAGUCGACAGCUUCCAAAGCUCAAAGCGCUGGUUAAGAGUGAGCCACAUAUGUUUUCCGUGAUCCCCCGCAAAUUCCUGCCUGGCGUCAAGAACCCCUGCUGGUAUGAGGAAUACACUGGGAAUAUCACUUCAGAUCCAUACAGGACAAACUUGUACGGACGGUACUCGCGGCGAUUCCGGACGGUUUUUCAGCACUUGAGGAACACUUUCCAGGAACAUUUGCUGCGCAGCAACAGGAAACUCUACCGCAUGCGGUGCCUUCCUUAUUUCUAUAUCAUUGGACAACCAAAGUGUGGCACGACGGACCUGUACGACCGUCUGAGGCUGCACCCCGACGUCAAGUUCACCACUUUCAAAGAGCCGCACUGGUGGACCCGCAAGAGGUUUGGCAUCAUUCGUCUCAGCGAGGGCUUCCAUGAUCGAUACCCGGUGGAGGACUACCUGGACUUGUUCGAUCAGGCCGCCUACCAGAUCCAGGGCAACAUCACAGGAAAUACCAGCGGAUCCCUGAGACACAAAAGCAUCAUCAUUGGAGAAGCCAGCGCAUCCACCAUGUGGGAUAACAACGCCUGGGUGUAUUUCUAUGACAACAACACGGAGGGAGAGCCUCCCUUCCUCAUCCAGGAUUUCAUCCACGCUCUGCAGCCGGACGCCCGCUUCAUUGUCAUGCUCAGGGACCCGGUGGAAAGGCUCUACUCUGACUACCUUUACUUCGGCAUCGCCAACAAGUCCGCAGAAGAUUUCCACGAGAAGGUGUCGGAGUCGCUGCAGCUGUUCGAGGGCUGCCUUACGGAGUACACGAUGCGUUCCUGUGUGUACAACACUACUAUCAACAAUGCCAUGCCAGUCAGAUUGCAGGUUGGCCUUUACAUAGUGUACCUAACGGACUGGCUGACCGUCUUCAGCAGGGAACAGAUCCUGGUCCUGAGGUUGGAAGACCACGCCUCCAACAGGAAAUACACGAUGCACAAAGUCUUUGAUUUCCUUAACUUGGGGCCGCUGACAAAAGAAAUAGAGUCGGAAAUCACGAGGAGCCCGGCGUCGAACACCAGGAGGCCGGCCGACAAAAACCUGGGACCCAUGCUGCCCAUCACUAAAGAGAUCCUCCGGGACUUCUACACGCCGUUCAACGAGAAACUGGCGAAAGUGCUGCGGAACGACUCCUUCCUGUGGGUGAACGGCUCCAAACUCUGAACGGCCCGUCCCAGCCCCGCUCACUUCAGUAAAGAACCACUGACAGCGUCAGCCAGCCCUCUUUGUUUGGGUUUUUCAUCUCUCUCAAGUGCCCAUGAAAGAAGAAGAAAGAAAAAAAAAAAUCAAUGUGUUUUUCUUUUUUUUUUAAUUUAAAUUAUUUUUUUAAGUUAUAAAAGCAGAGAUGAAUCAAAGAUUUAAAAGAGCACAAGCGAGUGUGGUGGUUUUGAGUGUGUGUGUGUGUGUGUGAGAGACAGCGUGAGUGGAUUGAAGUGAUUGUUAUUUUUUUGUGGCCAGGUGUACAAAAAAAUUAAAUAGUGAAUUCAAAUAUA